AUCCAGCUCCGUUUACCUAUAGUAGAGAAGGGGUGAUCAGGAAUUGAUCUGAUCAAUAGAGUUGAAGUGAAACUUAUAUUUCCUCGGUGUAAAGUGUGCUGGUGCGGACUGAGUCCAGAUUUUGCGCGUUGAAGAUGGAGCCGUUGUUGUAUUUAGGGGUUCUGGUUGUCAUGUUCCUGCUGUGGAUCAAAAUCAAAGGUCUAGAUUACGUUAUCGUGCACCAGAGGUGGAUAUUUGUGUGCUUGUUCCUGCUGCCGCUGUCCGUCAUAUUUGACGUGUAUUAUUAUGUGCGGGCAUGGCUCAUCUUCAAGAUGUGCUCUGCACCCAAACUGCACGAGCAGCGGGUGCGAGACAUCCAGCGACAGGUGCGCGAGUGGAGGAAGGAGGGUGCUAAGACCCACAUGUGUACAGGCCGACCCGGCUGGCUCACCGUGUCGCUCCGAGUGGGGAAAUAUAAGAAAACCCACAAGAACAUAAUGAUCAAUAUGAUGGACAUUCUGGAGGUGGACACAAAGAAGCAGGUGGUGAGGGUGGAGCCCCUGGCCAACAUGGGCCAGGUGACCGCUCUCCUCAACUCCAUCGGCUGGACCCUCCCGGUGCUGCCGGAGCUGGACGACCUCACCGUGGGUGGGCUGGUGAUGGGCACAGGCAUCGAGUCCUCCUCGCAUAUUUAUGGGCUGUUUCAGCACAUCUGCGUUGCAUACGAGCUGGUUCUCGCCGACGGCAGUUUAGUGCGUUGUACAGAGGAGGAGAACUCUGACCUGUUUCACGCCGUCCCCUGGUCCUGUGGAACUCUGGGAUUCCUGGUCGCGGCGGAGAUCAAGAUAGUUCCCGCUAAACCGUGGGUGAGGCUGCGCUACGAGCCGGUCCGAGGGCUCGACGACAUCUGCAGGCGCUUCGCCGAGGCGUCGCAGAACAAGCAGAACACGUUUGUGGAGGGGAUCCAGUACGGCCUGGACUCCGCCGUCAUCAUGACGGGAACCAUGACCGACCACGCAGAGCCUGACAAAAUUAACAGGAUCGGCCUGCACUUCAAACCCUGGUUCUUCAAGCACGUGGAGGGCCACCUGAAGAGAGACCAGGGCGGAGUGGAGUACAUCCCUCUGAGGCAGUACUACCACAGACACACACGCAGCAUCUUCUGGGAGCUGCAGGAUAUCAUUCCCUUCGGCAACAAUCUGCUGUUCCGGUGGCUGUUCGGCUGGAUGGUUCCUCCCAAGAUCUCCCUGCUGAAGCUCACCCAGGGAGAAACCAUCAGGCGUCUGUACGAACAGAACCACGUGGUGCAGGACAUGCUGAUACCCAUGAAGCAUCUGAAGCCCGCCAUCACGCACUUCCACCAGGACAUCAAUGUCUACCCUCUGUGGCUGUGUCCAUUCCUGCUGCCCCCGGGCAGAGGCAUGGUCCACCCCAAGGGCCAACAGGAGGAGCUGUAUGUGGAUAUCGGAGCUUACGGGGAGCCAAAGGUCAAACAUUUUGAAGCUAAAGCAUCAACGCGACAGCUGGAGAAGUUUGUCAGAGACGUGCACGGGUUCCAGAUGUUGUAUGCAGAUGUGUACAUGGAUCGGGAGGAGUUUUGGGAGAUGUUUGAUGGACAGCUUUACCACAGACUUAGAGACGAGUUGGGAUGUAACGAUGCCUUCCCCGAGGUCUACAACAAAAUCUGCAAAUCGGCCCGACACUGACUCCCUUCUUCCGCCUCGUGCACAUCACGCCAGCUACCAGCUCGGGAUAUUUCUCCUGAAAUAAAAACUGUUAUACACAAAGACACAACACUUUAUAACAUGGGACCCAGAGCUAUGGAACUCUCUGGCAGUGUGAAAUACACAGUUCAAUAUUUUAAUUAUUUCAAGUCUUGAACAUGAAGGUUUUUUUUUUCUUUUGGCUUCAGACAUCAACUUAUUUAAUGGUAAUUUUAAUGUGCUUUUAACCAAAUCCAUCUCUAUUUUCCAUUUAACUGUUUUGUCUUAGACCUUCAGACCAGCUGAUGAACACAUCUUACUGGAGUUGUGACUUAAAAAGACAUAUUUAAAAAUGCUACUGGUUUAAUAGCUCAUUCAAAUGAAUAAAAUCCUAUUUUCUUCAAUAAGGGCUACUCUUGUGCCUCUGAGGCAUCAUAAUUGCAUUAUUUGCUUUAUGGUUAUUUUGGUCUAAUUGUGUUUGCCUUGUUUGCCUUUUACACAUAAUGUUUUGGCAUCAUAACCUUUUCUUAGUGUUUUUGGUGUCCUCUCCUCUGAUGUCCACCAGCCAUGAGCCUGUUUCUCCCACAGUCUUCUCUUGACAGGACGUCUUCCUCCCCGCUGUACGUUCAGAAUGAAACUGAAGGUUGAUGCAGUCUGUUAUGAAAUAGUAUAAUAUUAUUGGACUAGAUUGAAAUAAUAGAAUUAAAUGUGAAUUAUGUUUUAUUUGAAUUAGUUUUGAUCUUGUUUUUCUCUGCAUAGUUCCUUGCUGCGACUCGUGUCAUGAAUUGGUGCUAUAGAAAUAAAUGAAAACUGAAGGAAUUUAUAUAAAUCAAUGCAAACUGUGCUU